GGCAACAGGAGAGAAGGCUUCCUUGACAACAUAAACAAGAGUGGAGAACAAAAAAAGCCGCGGAGCUAACCAAAGUCUGCAAGGUUCUGUGCCACUCUUCCAGGUGCAUGGCUCUGCCCGGCUGCAAUUGACCAAGGCUGCUAUCAGAGAGGGUAGGGUGCUCAUUUGGGUGAGAAGCCAAAGAAGGAAGGAACGUGAGCGAAAGAAGACCCUGAAAGUCCAUGAGAAGAUGACCUAUUCCACUAUGAUGAAUGCCAAGCAGUCAGGGUUCAAGAAGGAGCUCCAGAAGGAGGAGGAAGCAGAGGACAGAGAACUGGCAGCAGAAGCACAGCGACUGAAAGCUCUCCAAGAAAGUAUCUCUUGGAAGAUAGCAGUUACCAAAGACCAGCAAGUGGAAAAAGAGACGCUCCAUGAAUACAUAGACAAGAAGCGACAGAUGUUUCUGCUGCAGUACGCUGUGGCAAUAAAGAGAGAUGAAAUUCAGAAGCUGGAAAGCUUAGCAGCAGAAGAGGAAGCAAAACUGGAAAAGGCUGAACAGUACCUGGAGAAGGACGCUGCCAUGUUUGACGAGUUCCUGAAGGAGAACGAUAAAAACUCUGCUCAGGCGCUGAAAACUGCUGAAAAAGAAACCAAAGCAAAGAUUGAGAAAAUAAUCGAGAUCCGGGAGCUUACUGGACAAAUGAUGAGCAUUCAAAGUGAGAUAUCCAGGUUUGAAGACACUUUGAAGGAGUACAAGAAGUACAAGAACUUCCUCUACCAGCUUUCUCCAAAAGAGUGGCAGGAAGAGUAUGAAAAAAAGCAGAUGAAGACCAAGGCGAUGAAAAUGUCCUCUGAAGUGAAAGAAGAAAAAAUCUCCAUUUCUCCCAUCACGCCCAAGGGCCAGGAUCCAACACCCCGAACCAGACGUGGCAAGUUGCCUUAUCUUGGCUAUACAGGACGUCAGAGUGUUGAUUUCUCUUCAGGAGGACUUGAUCUGAAGUCCCCAAGCCAAAUCAUGCAGAGAAGGGAAUCCCUCAGGACAGGCAAAAGCCCCUCAAAGCAAAACUUGAAAUCCCAGCAGACAAGACGACAGAGCAUUGCCGCCCUAGCAAUGGAGGAGAAGGCGAGUACAACCUUCUCUGACAAUGAGGACGAGGAUGAGGAGCCGGAGUUAUAUUUUACUGAUCCCCAGCAAUUGCUGCAAAUUUUUACUGAGCUGGAAGAACAGAACCUGUCCCUAAUCCAGAAUUCCCAGGAGACCGAGGAAACCUUGGAUGAGCUCCAGCAUACUCUCACCACUACGCGAAGUAAAAUGGACCGUGAGAUAAAGCAGCUGAAGCAGCUUGCAGCCACACUCAAAGCCUCCAUAAUCAAAGAAGAGGAGACAGCCGCAGACCUGGAAUUGAAGGCACGAGUCUUUUCCUUCGGAGAGUACAAAGCAGAUGUGCAGGACAAAAUGUUGGUGAGCCUGAACAAAAAGGUGACUGAGGUCUAUCGACGUUGCAUUGGAGAAAAUGAGGCCAACCUGGGAACCCUGCAGCUGCUAACAGUCAUAGAACACCAACUCGACGACUUAUUGGAGUGUCUGGAGAGAGUCCCUCAAACAAAGAUAGAACAGGCAGAGAAAGCCAAAGAAAAAGAACGGAGGAUGAGGAUGAGGGACGAAAAAGUAAGACAACAGAGGCAGUUGCAGGAGGAGAGGGUGCAACGGGCACUGGCAAGAGCACAAGCGGAAAUAAAGAAAAAGACUGGCAGAAAGCUGAUGUUCCGCUCUGAGCCCGUGCCUAUCAAAGAGAAAGAAGAUGAGGGUCAAGGACUGAUUGAUCAAGAGAAGGAAGAAGCUCUCUAUUACUUUACUUAAGACCCCAAAUAAGGCUGCAAAUUAAGGACAGCACCAAUGAGAUGCAAAGCCAUUGUACCAACCUGACCAGGGAAUGUUUUGGUUUGGGGUUCUUAGAAUUGUGUACAAUUUUUGCAAUGAAUUAAACAAAAAUCUCCCGUUUUCUCUUGCUAA